GUUUUGAGACACAGGUAAAGGGAGGGAGACAGAGAGAAAUACUUGCAGAGCCAGCAGGUAGCUGGGCAGCUCCCUCCUGGACGGACGGACUGACGGAUGGGACCCUCCACUUCAGUCCACACGGAAACGUCUUCCUCUGUACCACGUUCUUCCUAAGGCUCCAGAAGGGGCCAAAGCCCAUGAAGCCAGUUGCCCUGGAGAGCAUGAGUUCUGUCAACCCAUCCUAAGAACUAGAAGACCGGGGUUUCUGACACAGCUUUCCUCUGCUCCCUGCAGGAUGACAUGACAUUGUAGUAGAUCCCAGAACAGAGGCCCCAGGAUGACAGAACAGGAGCCCCUGGCCCUGCUGGAAGUGAAGAGGUCUGAGGCCCCAGAGAAGAGCUCGCCCCAGGCCUUGGUCCCCAAUGGCCAGCAGCCAGAAGGAGAAGGUGGGGUCGAGUCCCCGGGAGCUGAGUCUCUCAGAGUUGGAUCUUCAGCUGGGUCUCCAACAGCCAUAGUGGGGGCUGAGGAUGGUCUAGACAGCACAGUAAGCGAGGCUGCCACCUUGCCCUGGGGAACUGGCCCUCAGCCCAGUGCUCCGUUCCCGGAUCCCCCUGGCUGGCGGGACAUUGAACCGGAGCCCCCUGAGUCAGAACCACUUACUAAGCUAGACGAGCUGACCGAAGAUGAUGCCAACCUGCUGCCUGAGAAAGCGGCCCGUGCCUUCGUGCCUAUUGACCUACAGUGCAUUGAGCGGCGACCCCAAGAAGACCUUAUCGUGCGUUGUGAGGCAACGGAGGGCGAGAGCCGAACCUUUGUGCCCCCUCGGGCCACCCAUCCCGACCCCACUGAGUGCAAGUGGGCUGAGGCAGCCGUGAGGCCGCCUGGCCGUUCCUGUGGGGGCUGCGGAAUCUGUGGAGAUCGGGAAUGGAUAAGGGCCGUGGCCUCUGUGGGAGCUGCACUCCUCCUCUUUCCCUGCCUACUAUAUGGGACAUACGCCUUCCUGCCCUUUGAUGUCCCACGGCUGCCCACCAUGAGUUCCCGCCUGAUCUACACACUGCGCUGCGGGGUCUUUGCCACCUUCCCCAUUGUGCUGGGGAUCCUGGUGUACGGGCUGAGCCUGUUAUGGUUUUCUGCCCUUCGGCCCUUUGGGGAGCCACGGCGGGAGGUGGAGAUCCACCGGCGAUAUGUGGCCCAGUCGGUCCAGCUCUUUAUCCUCUACUUCUUCAACCUGGCCGUGCUUUCCACCUACCUGCCCCAGGAUACCCUCAAGCUGCUCCCCCUGCUCACUGGUCUCUUUGCCAUCUCCCGGCUGAUCUACUGGCUGACCUUCGCCGUGGGCCGCUCCUUCCGAGGCUUCGGCUACGGCCUGACGUUUCUGCCGCUGCUGUCGAUGCUGGUGUGGAACCUCUACUAUAUGUUCGUGGUAGAGCCGGAGCGCAUGCUCACUGCCACCGAGAGCCGCCUGGACUACCCGGACCACGCCCGCUCGGCCUCGGACUACAGGCCCCGCCCCUGGGGCUGAGCAGUUCCGCCCUCUCGCCCUCGGGGUAGGGACGUGGGUCUGACAUCUUUGAACCAGCUGAGCCUGAACAUCGCCCCCAGGCCUGGGACUGCGGUGGGUGGAACCUGCUACUGCCCCGACAGGGAUCCAAUCAAUCAGUUCUCCCCUUGCCGGGGCUGCCCUUCAUCUUUGGGGCCCGGGACAGUCAUAACGGAUGGACUUAGUUUUCUUGCAGGGAAAAAGGUGGACAGCCG